CAUAAGGAUUUACCAACAGCGACUCCUGGAUUGUUUCGGUAGCUAUUUCUUUAGUCGUUUACGUCUAGCGAAGCGACAUGCUGUGCAGUAAUUCGCGCCUCGCCUCCCUGCCGAGUCGCCCGCAGCGUCGACCGGUGUGCGCUCGCUGCUCGGCGCAUGAGGCGACCCCCCAGAAGUCCCACUAUGUGGCCAUGAACGUGUUCAAGGUGAAGCCCGAGAGCGGCCCCGAGUUCGAGGCGGUGUGGAAGAGCCGCGAGAGCCGGCUGAAGCAGAUGCCGGGAUUCGUGAGGUUCGCCAUGCUCAAAUGUGAGAACGUGCCGGGCAAGUACAUCAGCCAGUCCACCUGGGAGAGCAAGGAGGCGUUCGAGGGCUGGACCCGCAGCUCCCAGUUCGCAGCCAGCCACGGAAGCAGCAGUGGGGGCAGCGGACACGGGGCCAGCAGCAGCAACCAGCGGCCCAGCACGAUGAGCCUGCUGGAGGGGCCGCCCUCGCCCGAGCUCUUCACCACCGUCACCAUCACGGAGUAGGGGGUUGAUGCGGUGUUAGGGGGCGGAAGCGGCGGUCGAUGGGAAGGUGUGGUGGGGAGGGAGUCCUACCACGCGGAAGGGGGACUACAUGUUGACUGCCGAGGAGCAGUAGGGAGAGCAGGUGAGGGCUGUGCAGGGCUCGGGAAGGAGGGGGCGGGACACGUGCAUGUGCAGCAAGCAGGGGG